UUUUCUCCAUAAAAAAAAAAAUACUUCUAUUUAUAUAUAUCUCUCCUCUCUCUGGCAAAAAAAAAAAAAAAAUUUGACCUGACCCAACUAAAAACUGAAUUUUUGUGUAGAUUUGGGGGGUGAAUAGGAACUUUUGUAUUAAGGUAGUAACAAUUGCGUAUAUACAUUUUAUGUUCCAGGAGAAGCAGAAUGACCUCAUUCGCAGUGUGAGCCAGCUAAAUGACAAAGUUGAUGCACUGCAUGCUCACACAUUCCCUCAAAGUGUCAAUUCCCGGACAUACCAGGAGAAGGAACUUGAUGAUGAGAACACUGCUGAGAUGAUCAUUAGAAGAAUGGCCAGCUCUAAUCCAGAAGUGCGAGCUACAACCAAUUAUAAGCAGUGCCUGGAAGUAAUGGGCCUUCCAGUAAAGUCACUUGAAGAACUGAAGAGUGCCAAUAACACACUUGAUGGAGAAGACAACGAAACCAGGCGCCGGAGGAAUGCCCUCAUCAACGCCUUGACUGCAUACACCCCUGGAAUGGGACAAGGGAAGAAUACAAUAACCAGGAUCGUCAGGGACUGCUUGUACGCAAUAGCACCAGUUUAUCUCUGGCAGUGCUUCAGCAGUCAGGGAAAGUCGGGAACUGCCAAAGGCAGCCUUGCCAGGGAGCUUCCACAAAUUUACAGGGUUGUCAUGGCAGUUGUAAUAACUAUUACAUCAAUGGACAGUAACACUAUAAUUUCUACGAUUGCCGCCGUAAUCCGAAGCUGUCCCACCAGAGCAGAAUCGAGGAAGUAUAGACAGGACCAUCCUGAACUUUUUCCUGACCAGAAAAAGUUUGAGAAUGAAACAACUGAGGACAAAACCAUAACCAACCCAGCCAUUGCCAUCAGCUCUAUGUAUGGUAGGCCUCUCUCCUCUGACGAGGACUCCAAGGAGGACAUUCCAGCCUCAUCUCCAGAGUGCUCUACCAGACAACAGCCUCUUAUUCCAGUAAUGACUCUUCAGAAGACUUGUGCAGUUCCGUCUGCACCCGGGGUGUCUUCUUCUGAAUCUGAAUCUGAAGAGGUACUGGAGGGGGAUUAUUUAGAUGACUGUGUUGAUGACAGCCAAUCAGAGUAGAGAUGCACCAUGACAUCUGGUCAUGGCGGAAUCCACUUCCAAACUGUAGGGUGUCAAAUCAGUGCCAAAACCACAGGUAAAAAACCCAACCACCAUAGUGCCAUAAAUUACCAUUUCCCUCGCUCGAGGAGCAGUUUCCUCCCAUGCAGAGAUAAUUUGCGUGUGCGCAGGUAGUAUCUAUGAGUGUGAAAUAAUAUAAUACGCCCAAACAGUGUGGUCUGUUGAUCUGACGCCAUAAACUGCUGUUUUUGUGUAAAUAUAACAUGUUUUUCAUAUGUUAGGUAAAAACUAGUGAGAAAUUAAAAAACGUGUAAAACUGAAAAUGAUGUUUUUGUAAUCUUGUACCUCUGGAGUUGUUUAGAAGACACCUUGUGGACAUUAGUGUGGUGACAUCAUUGGCUGAUCUUGCCAGGUGGUAACUGCUUUGUUUCUGGACAAAUCUGACAUGUUUCUCAUAUCUGGCGGACAUCGACGUGCAUGCGCAUCACUUUGCUUAUGUACUCACGCCCUGCAGACACCGUUAAAACGUAACUAAAGUAUUGUUUAUGAUUGACAGAGUUGAAUGUAUCAGUGACAGACAAUACAACCCCAAUUCCAAUGAAAUUGGGAUGUUGUAUAAAAUGUAAAUAAAAAGAAUACGAUUUGAACAUCCUCUUCAACCUACUGUAUAUUCAAUUGAAUAC